GAUUCUCAGCUCAUGUACAUUAUAGCUCCAUUAAAGUCAAGGGCUGACAGUUUACACCGGUUGAGAAGGUCUCUGAGUUAAAAAAAAAAAACCUCCAAAAUGAAAACAAAAAAACCCAGAGUUUAUAACAUAAGAGACAAGACAAGUGGAAGACAAGACAUGGCUAAGAAAGGAAGGGUAAGGAGAGAGGAUCGGUGAGGCUAAAGAAGUAAAUGCACCUAGAAGAACUGGUCUUGGAGGUGGUGGACUGGCUUGACUGGGAGACUCUUCAAAGGUGACAGGGUAAAAGUCAAAGGUGAGAGGUUGGGGAGGAGUGUAGAGUGCAAGUAGAGGAGUUUGAGGAAAUGAGAGCAGAGAUGCAGGCAGGGAGAGUGAAGGUGCUGUAGUAAGAGACAGGAAGAUAGCUAAGGGAUGGAUUUGAGGAGAUGGGUGAUAAGUUUGGAGUGGCUGGAGAGGAGGAUGACUUCAUUGGCAGUAUUUUCAAUGGAUUGAAGAUGAAAGGCUGUGAAGGAGGUUACAGUAAUCACAGACACAUGACCAAACCAUGGGCAACAGCUUUAGUAAUGGGGGAUGGGAGUGAAAGGAAGGUAGAUAUCUGUGAUAUUAAAGAGGAAGAAGCAACAUGGCUUAGCAAGAGACUGAAUACCAGGAGAGAAGAACUGGAACAAACCACACCACAUAUAAAAAAAAAAAUAUGAAAUUAGAGUUGGAAAUACUACUUGGCAAUUUCACAUGUAGGUCUCAAAGUUCUUUCCAAAGGCGGGUAGAUACUAUUUUCAUUUUACAGAGGGAAAAACUGACACAGAGCUGUGCAGUGACUUGCUCAACAUCACAAAAUGAGCCAGUACAGGAGACAGGAGUAAAUCUAGGAAUUUACCUACUUCAUCUUCUUGGCAAUGAAAGAUUAUUCCCUACACUGUAUUUUAUAACAAUUUCUCUUAUUCAAUUCCAGAUAGAGAGGAGGCUAAACCACCAAUUUCUGCUCCAGCUUCCUUAAAGUUUAAGGGUAUUUGGAUCUGCUGGUUUGGUUUAGGCCCAUAUUUGAUUGUAAAUAUGAAUUGGCAACCACUGUAGCUUCUUAAUAAUUCAUCCACUAUUUACAAUGCCUUAAAUUAAAUAAAGGGCAGGCUCUGGGAAAACCCCUGUGGCGGUAGAGUUUGAAUAUGGGUUUUUUCCAGGACCCAUUCCUGUGAGUUUACAGAGUGCCUGAGGGUGCUCAACAUCUUGCACAAGCUGCUCAGCAUAUCUCAGUUCAGGCAUGUGUGCUUAACCAACUCUGCAGGCAAUGAGCAAGUCCAACGUCUGACCCCUACUGGCAGCAGUAGAAAGAUGUGAAAACAGUGACUCGUGUAGGGUGGAUUGUUAAGUAAUUUGGAACAUUGCCCACAGAGCAAUUACCCCACCAUCGGAAAUUUGAGUAUCUCCAGAAACUGCCAUGACAAUAUCAACCACUCUAUAAGGUAACAGAACAGAACAAGUGUGAAAGUUUUUCUAUGUUCUAUUGGUUUGGGCUAAAUAGUAUAUCAAAGGGAAGUAGGAGGGGCAGAAACCAUCCUUGCCAGCUGUUUUAGAAAUGAAAGUAUAAUCUGCAACUGAAGAAACUGUCAACUAGCAUUGAUUUGACAUUGCAGCUGCUCUGGGAUUUUAUUGGACAAGAUUAAAAGGAACUUCUGGUAUGCAAAACAAAACUGAAAUCCCCAAGCAAUAAGAAACCAGACAAUACAACUGCACGGGAGCUGCAAGAUAGAGGAUUGGGAAACUGUGGCCGUAUUACUGCUUUGUGCUCCCUUCAGAGGAGGAGCAGAUUGUGUGAUCGUGGAGGAGAUAGUGGAGUCCAGGGAUCCAAGAGAAAAGGAAGCAUUAGCCAGAGCUAUCUCUCUGUGGUUCUGCCAGCCUAGCCCUAUCCUUGGCAGCACAGCUCCUUUUGGAGCCAUGCUACUCCUCACUCCAUUGUCCAUGCCUGGAGCUAGUACCCCCUCACCAAAGACAGUGUAAGCAUGGGAGCUAAUGUUCCUAGGAGCAGUAUUAUCCAAAUGGUAUUUGCCAUGCCAAGGAGACUGGCAUGGGCUGGUCUACCCAUCCACUUCUUCUGCCUGCGGUAUCAUCGCCCCGACACAGAUCCGAAUGAGUGCCCCUUCCUAGUUGCCAAUUAGGACUGCUCUGAGAGGAAUCCAAGCCUCUGUGCUCUGAAUGCCCUGGGGUUUGUUAAGCUCCUGGAACCUCAACGGAGUCCAGCUGCUGCCCCAAUCUUGUGGUCCCUAGUCAUGCUCUCAGGCCGUAGACCUUCUAACCGGCACCCCCUCUGAAUGUUUUAACCCACCAUCCAACUGCCUAGCCCCCCUAGGUCCAGCACUAACCCUUCAGUACUCCCCUCUCUCAGACUUCCACCAAAAAGGUGUGAAGCUUCUGGUUUACAGUUUAACUCCCUCAGGGGCACCCAGCAGUUGUAAACAGUCAACACACACACUUUGUUCAGUUAUCGACUUUAUGCUCUUUACUUAACAGCUAAAGCACAGGAGAAUACCUCUGAUACGAAACAAUGACACCAUCCUACAUGCAAUGUCUCACUAGCUUACCCUUCCCGUGCAUGUUCUUGAGGGAUCAGAUGUAUUUUGUCAGGCAGGCAGCAUCCUCUGGCCCCUUGCCUACCUUGCAGCAGCAGCCUCCCUCAUCUUAAACUAGUGCAAAAUGGUUCUCUUUCUCUUCUCUCUUAUACUAGCACCGGUGCUCCUGGUCUGCUAUCUCUUGAUCCCAGUCUUCUAGCUGCUGUGUUUCUUCUCCAGCUGCAGCUUCUGCUCUAGCUGUUGAGUGAGAGAACCCCAUCUCAAAAUUAUACCCACAGGUUGAGGGGUAGGAAGGGCCAUCUGAGAGCUCAGCCCCAGCGGCUCUAAAGAGAAAUUAUACAGACUGGUGGACAAGUGACACUAUGGAAUUUUGAAGGAUAUAUGCUGGCUUGCUUGCAAAAUAUUUACUAUAUGAAAUUAUAAAAGGUUAGGGCAAAAAUGCCAUUUACAGAUCAGCCUAUCCAGGAAUUAAGACAGUGCACUCCCCCAGGCUGCCGGCGGGCACCUUAGUUAUACCCACUUCUUUAGGGGGAGAUGUGACAGCUAAGGCAAUUUCCUGCAAUAUCCUGGACAAACCAUAUUGAAUUAAGUUUAUGCAUCAUUGUGGGCCAAGGAUUGUAUGUAAUUCCAUGGGGGAGGGAGAUCACAGCCCUCCAAAAACUAAGAAGAGUAGGGGUGGGUAAGCAAAUUCAUUCAGGUUGUAACAUCUCCAGAGAGCUACCACCACCUGGAGGGAGGCUUGCAUACACUAAUUCACACUGGAUUCUGCAAGGACCAACAAAGAAAGGAGUUUUGAGUAAUUAGCUGAGUUAAAACUGACUCAAGGCCUACAUUCUGAUCCAGCAAAUGGACAAGACCUUUGGUCUAAGGUGGGCUGCCAAUCCUCCCUGAGAAGGGCUGGAAAGACUUGCCUGUUCUGUGUUCUUGUUCUGAGCUGUAGGGGUUAUGAACUUGUAAGCCCAAGAAAACCUCUUGGUGUGGUUUGAAGGACUGUUCACCUGCCAGAGUCCUUGGAGUCAGGGGGUGAUCUAUGGUAAACUUAGAAUGCAUGUAGGUUCUUUUAUUGUUUUUAAUGUUUUCUCUAUCAUGCUUUUUCCUUAAGAGUAAAUAUGCUUGCUUAGAAAGAGCUGUCUGUUAACUUAACUGUGGCAAUUACACUGUUUACUGUUUCUGAGGAGAAAAGUAAAGCAGGCCUGCUUAGGCUGUCUGACUUUGCUGGAGUAUAGGCAGGGAGCUGUAUAGCCUGAAAAUACUUCAGUUAGGACUGGGAGAGGUGUGUGUCUCAGCCCAAGAGAAGCAACAGCUGGGGAUCCAGAAACCUAUGAGUUGAUGCCUUUGCUGGACUACAGAAGGGAAAUAUAUGUGCUGUUGCCCUGAAUUGUGACAUCCCUCAUCCCACCUCUAAUUAUGGCACUUCUCCCCCAUAAUAUCAGGGCAGCGAGGCUUCCACAAACACCGGCGUGGGCUGCUGUCCUCCCUUUUGUGUGUUUCCUUGAUCCAAUUCCCAUCUGCACAGGGUCCUAACUGAGUUUAUACAUUUAGGAGAUGGAAACAGAGACAGAAAGAAGGGGCUCAGGCACGCUCACAUUAUCUUAAAAAACUGUGUUUGUGUUUUCUGACCCACAAGGCAGGCCCAAUGUCAUUUCUGUGUUUGGAGGAGCCACGUUUUAUAUUGGGGCUUCUUCCUCUCUUUCUCCCUUGAACAUGGAAUCUAGAUUUGGAGUUGUGCUGGUUUUGAUCUUGGCAGCUGCAUCAUCAUCUACCCAGAAGAACUGUAUCUGUGCAACCAACAGACGGGCUCUGUGCACUGAAGACACUUCUGGGAACUGCUUCUGCACAUUGAUGGGUUCAAGUCAAAGAGUGAAUUGUUCAGUGUUGACUUCAAAAUGUUUACUGAUGAAGGCAGAAAUGAGCUCCCCAAAGGGCAGGCGCUUCUCUAAACCUGAGCAUGGCUUUUUAGACAAUGAUGGAGUUUACAAUCCAGACUGUGAGAACAGUGGUAACUUCAAAGCCAGGCAGUGCAAUCAGACCGACACCUGCUGGUGCGUGAACUCUGCUGGGGUGAGAAGAACUGAUAAGGGUGACAAAAGCCUAAAAUGCAGUGAACUAGUCAGAACUAACUGGAUCUUCAUCAAACUGAAACACAAGGAGAGGUCUAAAACUUUCCAUGCUUCUGAAGUGGAAAAUGGUCUGAGACAAAUCAUUCAGAACAGAUACAAGCUGCAUCCAAAGUACAUCACUGCCAUUGAGUAUGAAUACCCAUUCAUCCAUAUUGACCUGAAGCAAAAUGCUUCCCAGAAAUCCAACGGAGAUGUCGAUAUAGCUGAUGUGGCUUAUUACUUUGAAAAAGAUGUUAAACUUGACUCUCUAUUUCACCGUAGUAAUGCAUUCAACCUCUCCGUUAACGGAGAGCCUUUGAAUGUGGAAGGAAUUUUAAUUUACUAUGUGGAUGAAAAGCCACCAGAGUUUUCUAUGAAACGUCUGACUGCUGGCGUUAUUGCUGUGUUGGCAGUAGUGAUAUUGACUAUUAUUGCUGGGAUUACUGUACUGGUUAUUACCAGGAGGCGGACAGGGAAGUAUGAGAAGGUCGAGAUCAAGGAGAUGGGUGAAAUGAGACGAGGACAGAACUCAUAGCUGCCUUAAUCUGAAGACAGAAAUUAAGACUUUGAUGAGAAGGAAGCAGAAAUGGCAAGAUUAUUCAAUGUUUGUGUGGGGAGGCUGGGGUAUUUUUUAUUUCUAGUUUUAAAACAAUGGUUUUCUAAAAUCCUAAAUGAGCUUAGAUUAGUAAAGUGGUAUUAACUAGUAUAAAUUAAUUUGAGAGUUGAUUAUCAAAAUUACCUGAAAAGAAAAGAUGAGCACCUUAGCCCAAAGUUUUCCAUUGUAUAGUUGUAUUUUUAAGGGGACAAGAAAGUUAUUUGUAUUUCCUAACAUAGCUAUUUAGCGUAAUUUAUAAUACCUACAUUUGUAUUACUAAACAGCCUGUUAAACUUGUUUAAGCAUUUUAUGAGGACUUUUUUUUGCACAAUCAGGUGCUGAAGCUUGAAUAUGUGCUGUCUGACUCGCUUGUAUAUUAGGGUUGGCUUUCUGUUUUCAAUGACAUUUUUAAAGAUACUAUCUUUGAUGAAGUUGCUGGAACUUUUUUGUUUUCACCAACUUUAAACUUAAUAAAUUCCACCAAAAACAAAACAAAACAAAAAAAUUUGUGAUAAUCUCUUCCAAACUAACACGGUUGCUACUCUGAAACCUUCCAGAUUUACGGUAUCACAGCCUUCUGUGCUGACUCAUUUGUCGAAGGAAUAUAAAACAUAACUUUCCUGGUGCAAAUAUUCUGAAAUUCAAAGUUGGUCAGACAACCUUGUGCUCUAAUCCCGCACAUGCUUUCCAAUGAGGGUCUGACCACUUGUAGUCAUUACAGAUUCAUUGGCACUUUUUCUAAGAGUGGGAGGGCUAACCUUGCUUUCCUAGCCAAUUCCAACUCUGGUCAUUGGAUUCUCUCUAUCCAACGUCCCUUGCAGUUCCAAUAGGAAAGGUAUUCUUCACUUUUUAACAGCCCACAGCAAUACCACACAAUGUUUUAGGACAAGUUGUGAAGAGACCUUUACCUCAUUAGAGCUGUAGGGGAAAUUGAGGUAAGCAGAAUGCAAUUACCCAACCCGGAACGCCAAGACAUCAGAAUUGGACACUAGUCACCUACCACUAUACAAAAUCUUUUGCUAUAUAGCAUCAUCACCUUAAAGGACAAAGGGAAAGAAGGGAAAAAAAUGGGGAUGGGGAGGGAAUAAUGUAGUUGUUAAAUGUUGGAAUACUGGCAGAAUUGGUGCAUUCUCUGGGCUGCUGAUGGACAUCUAAAGUUCUAUCAGCCUAAUUAGAUUUCUUUCAAAACAUGAUCACUUCAAGCAGGCAUUCCAACAGGGUCAGCCAUCUGAUUCACAUAAUCUGCCCUCAAUUUCACUGUUUUGCAAACCAAAUCAGCAUCCAUUGUUGUGUGGCUCCUAUGGAUAAUUGUUUAUUAAACACACAUGAAAACUCCAAUGCCCAGG